AUGCACGAAAAAAGCAAUUUCGUAGAUAUUUUAGAACCAAGACGGACACAAAGUGGUAUAUUCAGAUUUAUGACAAGAGACUGGCAUCCCAAGAAAACGCAAAUAUUAUCCAAAAAAUACACGCCACAGGACUUAAAAGAUAUUACUGCUCGUUCAUUAUAUUUGGAAAAUGCUAUAGAAGCGGAGAGUGCUAAAACUGGUGUCAGCAAAGAAAAGCUAAAACAAGAAAUUUUGGAAUACAUUGAAGAGAUUGGAUUGGACAAAAAAAUGUAUGUGAUCCGAUGGUUGGGCAUGUUUGCUCUCAAAGUUGCUUUCAACAUGAAUGUUGGGAUUUAUGUUAAUGAACCUGCACUCUUGAAGAUAAAAUCUGCCAUGGGGAAAAAUCCUGUAUUGUUUCUGCCUACACAUCGAAGUUAUGCCGACUUCUGCAUCCUCACAUACCUGUGUUACCACUAUGACAUAGAAUUUCCAGCAGUAGCUUCUGGAAUGGACUUCUACUCGAUGGCGGUGAUGGGGCGGGUGUUGCGCGACACGUGCGCGUUCUACAUUCGGCGCACGUUGUCGGGGUCGGCGCUGUACGCGGACACGCUGCGGCAGUACGUGCGCACGUUGGUCGCGAGACACGACGCGCCUAUCGAGUUCUUCCUGGAGGGCACCCGCAGUAGGAGUAACAAGACUCUGCCGCCCAAGUUUGGCAUGCUGUCGAUGGCGCUGGGUCCGCUGUUAUCGGGGUCGGUGACGGAGGUGACGCUGGUGCCGGUGCACGUGGCCUACGACCGCCUCAUGGAGCACGCCGCCUUCGCCUACCACCACCUCGGCGUGCCCAAACCCAGGGAGUCCACCAGGGGUCUCCUGAAAUGGGUGUCCUCUCUGAACGAGCAGUUCGGCAACAUGUACAUAAACUUCGGCUCGCCGCUGUCAGGUCGGGAGCUGCUGCGGUUACCGCGCGGGGCCCGCACGGCCGAGGCGCUGAAGCCGCCCGAUCUGCAGGAGCUGACACCGGACCAGUUCGCGCAGAUCCGCAGCGUGGCCUCGCGGGUAGUGUCGGGGCAGCAGCAGGCAGCGCUGCUCACCUGCUCCCAUCUCCUGGCGCUCGUCAUCACGCAAGCGUUCAUACUGAGGACUGCCCCCAGCAGGGAACGAGUGCUGGACUCACUGCGCUGCUACACGCGAAUGUUAUCCGACCUGGGUGCACAAAUAUGGGAGGGGAAGGGCGAGGAACAGGAACUAGAUAGAGCUCUGGUGGUCCACGCCCAAAGCUGGGCCUUCGACCACCAGCGGCGGCUGCGGCUCCUGCUGCCGCCUCACGCCUCCCUCGCGGCGCAGCGGCGGCACCUGCCCGCGCUCUCACUUUGAACAUUUACUCGAAUCUCACAAUGAUUACAGACGAAGUUCUGAGCGCGGAGAGUGUCCGCAGUGCCGUGCCUCUGAUCCAGCUGCAGCUGUAUGUGAACCCGACUCUCCACUACCUCGUGCCGGCGUCUCUGAUCACUCUACUCGCCGCGACACAUGCCACUAUGGAUGAAUUGAGUCGACAUUACAAACUCCUAAGAACGAUGUUGCAGUUCGAGUUUUUCUACGCGGAACAAGAUGAACCAGAGUGUUUCUCGCGCGUGCUGCAGUACUGCAGGGGGUCCGACGCGGGCCCGACGCCGGGGCCAGGGCCGGGGCGGGGCCACGGAUGGGCCCGGGACGUGUUGAGUUGGGCCGCGUGGGGGACGUUAUAUUCCCUACGGGCCGCCGCCAUCACUCUCACGGAGCAGAUAUCGUGCGAGCACUCGGUCGGCGUCAAGCUGAUACAGCGACACGUAGCGCGCGCAGCAUCAUCACCUUCACCUCAAGGAUCAUCAUCAUCAUCACC